AUGGAAUUCGUCCUUGCAAAGGCUGCUGUUGGAAAAGUUUGUGAGAUGGCCAUCCAACAAGUGGCUAAUGAGGUAAGCAUAGUCUUCAACUUCCGAGAAGAAUUUCAAUGGUUGCCCAACAGGUUUAUAGAAAUCAAUUGUGCUUUAAAUGAAGCCAAUGAAGAGAGCACUGGACAAAAGGAGUCUGUGAAAAACUGGCUUCUCAGAGUUCGGGACAUUGCCUGGGAGGCAGAGGACAUACUUCAAGAAUGCGCUGUGGAUUCUUUGUAUGCCACUAAUACUCAGUUUUCUGCUUUGCUUCCUCGCCUUAAAAUGGGCAGAAGAAUUCAAAAGCUGAAAGCCCGGUUGAGCUCUGUUGUUCAAGAUGGAAACCAACUGAAUAUAGUUCGUGCUGCUAUGGCUCACAAAGAAGAAGAAGCAGCAGAAUCAUCAAUUAGAUCCCAAGGACAACGGUUUAGGAGAUCAAGUCUCCUGCCUAAAGAUUCAAAACCAGUGGGGAUAGAGUCCAAGAUGGAAAGCAUGGUGAAUUUGUUGGUAAACCCCCAUAUUCCAAUUAUUGCAGUGGUUGGAAUGGGGGGCAUAGGAAAGACCUAUCUUCUUCAGAAGCUCUACGACGCCAUAAAGGGAAGGUAUGAGAUAUCUGCAUGGAUUUCUGUUUCUCAAUUCUAUUCUGUUUCCCAGUUGCAGCGUGAUUUAGCUUUUCAAUUAGAUGAAGAGUUGAGUAAGAGAAUUGACGUGGGUGGAGUGAGUGAAGGGCCCGUAGCACAGUCGAUUCAUGGAUUUCUGCUAGGGAAAAGAUAUCUUAUUGUGUUAGAUGAUGUCUGGAGGGCUACUAGAGAGGGUGACUUGCUAACCAAACUUGGCAUACCAACUAGAGAUAUUAGGGAAUCCAAAAUUCUGCUUAGCACAAGAAGCAGAGAGGUCUGCGAAAAUCUCAAUGCUCGUGUUUAUCAGAUGGAAUGUUUGACAGAUGAAGAGAGUUGGAGUUUGUUUUGUGCUUAUGCGUUUCCUGGAUCUAAGGGAAACAGGGCACCACAGCACCUGGAAAAGGUCACGCAUAACAUCGUGAAGGAAUGUGGGAAUUUGCCACUUGCAAUCAAAACUACAGCAGCAUCUCUGAGCAGCACUACACAGCCAAGGGAUUGGCAAUCCAAGUUCAGUAAGCUGAAAAAAGUAGGGACUUCCAAGGACCUUCUCAUGGAUAUUCUCAAAUUGAGUUACUACUCCCUGCCUGCACAUCUAAAGGCUUGUUUUGCUUAUCUUUCCUUCUUCCCUGAGGAUGAGAUAAUAGAAGAAAAUAAGUGUGCUUUCAGUGUUGAAGAAGCCUUCGACAAAUUGCAAUCUGUGAAUACAGAUGGUAGUCGCUGGUGUCGCCUAUUUUUGGCAAAGAAAGAUAUUGAUAAGCAUGCCAUCUCAGAGAGGCGUCCUGUUUCUCCCACCCUUGUCCGCACAGUAUCACUCUCUCAUAACUACAAAAUUGAAGGAAACAUUCCGGCAAUGUUGUUUAGUGGUAUGAGAGUUUUGCGGGUUAUGGAUCUGAGCUACACAAAUAUCUCCACAUUGCCUGCUUGUGUUGAAGAGAUGAAACUUCUCAAAGUGUUGAAUUUAAGGAGGACCAAGAUUAGGAAGUUACCAAAGUGCUUGAGAUGCCUUAAGAGUCUCUCUUUUCUUGAUGUCUCUGAUUGUAGAUUGAAGAAGAAUCAGGCACCCAAAUGGAUAAGUGAAUUAAAGUGUCUUCAGCAUUUGGAAGGCCCGUUUGUGCGAAUGCCAAAGGGAAUAUCAAAGUUGGAGCCUUUGCGAACACUAAGAGUAGAUGAGUUCUUGUCCCUGUCCAUGGAAGAAGAUGGUGCAUUAAGGCUAGAUGAUGUUGGCAAGAUGAGGGAAAUUGAGGAAAUAGCAUUUACAGUUGAGCAUGAAUCGCAGUUGAAGAGGAUGGAAGAAGGGGUCCUUUCACCCUUGCUCAACAUGCGUCGGCUGGAAGUCAACAAUGCAAUUGUUGGAAUGCGGUGUGAAUCUGAAUCAGAAUCAGAUCUUCCUCAGUUUUCAGAGAGAAUGAGUACAAUGAGAGAUCUAGAAUAUCUCAAGCUAUAUUAUUUUGCAGUGCCAAGUUGGAUAUGUCACCUCUAUUUAUCGAAUGGUCAUUGUAGUAAUUACCCAGAAUUGCAGGCAAUGCCCAAUCUAGUGAGUUUGGAUUUGCAUUAUAACAAGAGGUGUAGAGAAGUGCCAAAGGCAUUUGGAAAGUCGGGAGGAUUUCCUCACCUUCGCUUCCUUUUCAUAGAUGAAUUCCCUAAAUUGGAGGAGUUUCUAGAAAUGGAGGAUGGAGCGAUGACAUGUCUUGAAAAAUUAAGAUUACGGAAUUGUGAGAAGGUGAAUAAAAUGGGAGAGGGAUUGGACUCAAGGAGAUCGAUAUUGGAAGUUUCACAGGGAGAUAUAAAUUUAGGGAGAAGUUGA